CGACACUCAACCAGUGCCAGAACGGGCGUCGCUACAAGCAGAUGUGUGCAAAGUGCCGUCUGGAUGUCAACCCACAUCGCGAGUAGUAGAGUCUAGUUCUAUUUUGAAGCGGCAAGAAGAAAGUGAAGCCGAAGCCGGUCAAACAUCGAAACGCAACCCAUGUGACGCGGAAGAUUUGGAUAAUUUUUCGGCAAAUUUCGCAAUUGGAUCCAGUUAUGUAAUGUGGAAAAUUGGUGAGCCGGUCUGGUAUCUAGUCACGAUAGUUUUAACGAUUUGCCGGUCAACGAGAACGCGUCGCGUGUUUUUCUGAGAAAGAAGAGCAGUGUAGAAUAGUGCGUGCGCUUCAUCAAAUAAAAAGGCUAGGGGAAAUCUUUCGAACUGGGGUGUGAGUGAUUGUGAGGAAAGGAUCUCUUGGUCGUCUGCGCACACGAAAAAAUAAAUCAUAUCUGUGCGGAAUACAACCACCUGUGAUGCAUCGGCUCAGCUAAUUCGGUGUUGUCAGUCUAGGUUCAACGGGGUGAGUGAAAAGAGAGUGCGCACUCAGACGACGCCCAUUCGGUUCUCAUCGGUUGGUGAAUCGGGAAUGCGUAGGCGAUUGGCGGGUUGGAAUUUAGUGCACGUGACUUUGACAUUGAGUGCGGCGGCGAAAACGUCGACCGGUCGGCAUCAGCAUCAUCGCAGUAGUUAUCCACAGAAGCGGUAGCAUUACGCCGAGCAUACUGACCGAGGAGGAGGAGGAGGAAGAGGCAGAGUGCAUCGCGUGGGGCGACAAUCGUUGGAGUAUGCAUUGCACAAAAAUACCUCAUCAUCCCUGGCCAUAGAAGAACCAGAAACCAGACCCAUAUAAUCGAGUGGUGCAGAAAAAAGGCUGAAUGAGAGUUUUGUUAUCAGUGUAUGAAAUUCGCAGAGAAGCUUAUCAGUAUCUAGGGGAGUGCAGUGGAAGUGAUCGUGGGGGAAGAACCAUGUCCAGGGGUUGGUGAGAAUCAGCAGUCAUCCCGAGUAACAACGGCGACAAGCUGGGACACCUGUUCAGAUCUCAACCACAUCACAUCCUUCCCGCAUCGUGAACAUACGCCGUCCAGUUUGGGACGUACAAUCAUCCGAACAGCAGCAGCAGUGUUUUGUUUAGCUUAGGUCGUUAGUUUUUACACAAUUAGGCACUAAAAUUACCAGCAUGCAUUUCAAAGAGGUCUGCAACCGUCGAUGCAUUCUGACGUCGGGCGGAAUCUUUCUGCUGACAUUCGGAGUGUUCUUCACCUUCUGCUUCCACGCCGUCUUCCGGGACAUUCUCUACGAGGAACUGAAACUCCGCCCCACGUCGCGAGGGUAUGACGCAUGGGUCUCGCCUCCGUUCCCACUUUCGAUGGACGUGUACUUCUUCAACUGGACAAAUCCGGAGGACCUGAAGAAUCACAGCACCAAACCGAUCCUGGAGGAACUGGGUCCGUAUCGGUUUACCGAGCGACCGGAAAAGGUGGACAUUGAAUGGCACGAUCACAACUCGACGGUCAGCUAUCGGAAGAAGAGCGUGUACUUCUUCGAUGAGGAAGGAAGCAACGGUACGCUUGAUGAUGUGAUAAGCAGUAUCAACGUGGUAGCACUGUCAGCGGCCAACCGAGCCCGCACCUGGGACUACGUUCGCCGGAAGGGAGUUUCUAUGGGUCUGUCGCUGUACGAUCAGGACGUGUUCGUGGCCAAAACCGCCGGUGAACUUCUCUUCGAUGGCUACGAGGACAAUAUGGUCCUGAUGGGCAAACAGCUGUUCGACGCCAGUGAGGUGCCGUUCGAUCGCGUCGGUUGGUUCUAUACGCGCAACAACUCGGCAGAUCUGAUCGGUCAUUACAAUGUCCACACGGGUGUGGACGACAUCAUGAAAAUCGGAUCGAUGGCCGAAUGGAACUACAAACCUCGGACAAACUUCUUCGCCGAUCAAUGCGGAAUGUUGAACGGUUCAGCUGGAGAGUUUUAUCCACCGAAUCUGUCCAAGGACGUACCGAUCCAGCUGUUCACGCCGGAUAUGUGUCGCAGCUUGCCGCUCGAUUUUGAAGGAGAGGAAGAAGUUGCAGGAAUCAAGGGAUAUAAAUACGCUGGAGGUCCACGGACGGUUGAUAACGGUACGAUGUUCCCGGAAACGGCCUGUUUCAAUGCUGGAGAGAUCGUUCCGUCUGGGGUGUUAAACAUUUCGGCUUGUCGGUUCGGUACGCCAGUGUUCAUGUCGUUUCCACACUUCUACGGUGCGGACGAGUUUUAUCUGAAUCAGGUAGAAGGUCUUAACCCGGAUAAGAGCAAGCACCAGUUCUACAUGACGAUGGAACCGACUACGGGAAUUCCACUAGACGUCGCCGCUCGUUUCCAGUUGAACAUUCUCAUCCAGUCUCACCCAAGCAUUGCCCUCUACGAAGACGUCCCCCGUGUCUUCCUGCCGGUGCUCUGGUUCGAACAGCACGUCACCAUGAGACCGGAGUUCACUGGUGAAAUUGCCCAGGCCCUCAGCAUUCCAACGACGGCCCGCAUUUGCGGAAUCGUGAUGCUCGUUCUCGGGGCCAUCAUGGUCGCAUGGAUCCCGAUUGAACGGCUGAUGUUCCGAAGUCGACGACGGGACAUCGUUACCGAUGCCGGCACCGAAAAGGUUCUGCUGCAGCAGAAUCUAGCCAAAACGGCCAUCCUAGUGCCGGAGAAGGAAAAGGAAGCGGUGGCCGAUAAGUUGUCCACCAUCGUCGAGGCGCACCCGUUGAUCGAAAGCAAAACCGUUCGACUGGGAGCAGAGAACGGAACUACCAAGACGUGAGAGUGCACGAGCCGCUUGUAAAAUUCUAACGAAAAGAAAGACUUUCUCCUCCGCCAGCUUUCGGAGAGGGGCGGAUGGAACAAUCCAGUUCUCUGAAUUUACCGAUUAAGUGUAAUGCAUGUGUGCCACGGCGGAAAACGAAGGGACCACUUACGAGAACCAGCCGUUAGCCAAAAUCAUUUUGUAAUCGUAACGCAGGGCAUUCAUAGAUUACUUGUUUAGAUUUAGGGCCGAUUAGUGCGGCCGUGCUGUUCCAAAAAAUCUUCCUAGGUUAAGGCCCCAGUAUGUAAGUAAACAGCUAGUAGGUGAUCUCACCGAACAAAGUGCCAGAGAUUUAAGCCUUCAGAAACAAUACAUAACCCAUACAGUAAAGCAGAAUGCAUCGAAACGUAAAUAGACCUAGUGGACCACUUUCUCCAAGGGAGAAUCACUUCCUGUUUUUUUGUAUGCAACGAGCGUGAUUUAAAGAGUUAUAGGAAGAGUUCCAUUUUUGACAUGUUUUACGUAGUGAACCGAUAUUCCAGUUAUAUACACGCAACAAAGGAAACCGAAUCGUUUUUGAUCAUGGGAAAACAGUAUAAAAGACAUUGUUACAUAUAUGAAGUUGUUAUCGAACGGCAAUUAGCAGUUUCAAUGAAAUAAAAAUUGAAUAACAUACAGCAAUAACUUUA